AUGAUACAAACCUAAGAUGGCUUAUUUGAUUGCUAAUUGUUCUUAAUAGGGGAAUAUCCAGCGCUAUUGGGAGAGCAGAUCAAGUUGUAUUUUGAGGUGUCCUAGGCAGAAAUUAAUUAUUUAUUAUCAUUUCGAUCAUUUCCAAAUAUGAUCAUGUCAUUAAUUGGUGGUUUGAUAAUAGACACAUUUGGAGUGAGGCGAUCCUAUGUUUUUUUUUCAUCCAUAGUUAUUGUGGGUUAACUGAUGUGUUUCAUGUCAGUAAUUUUGAAAAGUUUCAUUAUGAUGGUCAUUGGUAGAUUUAUUUUUGGACUAUUUGAAUCAAGUGGUUUUGUGGCUGAGAGCUAUUACAUUAACAAAUGGUUUAAAGGGAAGGAAAACUCUCUUGCAUUUGGAAUUGAUACAGGUAUUUGCAGAUUGGGAUCUAUUGCAGCUGCCAUCAUUUAUCCUUAUCUAUAUACAUCCUCUAAUAAUGAUUUGUCUACCUGUUUGUUGAUGUGUCUCUAUAUAGCAAGUCUAAGUUUUCUAAUUAUCAUUAUUCUCACUUAAAUUGAUCGAUGCAGUGAUCUGAGAGAUCAAGCAUCCGACUAAAAAUUAGAUAGCGUCGAUCUUAGAUAAAUUAAACAAUUUAGUCUUGAAUUCUAUGUAACAUUGAUUAGUUGUGUAACCUGUUAUGCAGCAUUUUUUAUUUUUGGUUACAAUUCUGUAGAAAUGUUUAAGCAUAUAUAUAAACUUGAUUAAAACACUGCUAACAUACUAUUUAGCAUCCCUUAUUAUCUUUCAGCAAUAUUAAGUCCAAUUAUUGGACAUUAUAUCGAUAAGUAAGGAAGGAAUAUUGAAAUUUUGUUAAUUGCUAGUAUUUGUUAAUUAUUAACUACAUCAAUCUUUUAUUUGAUGCCAGAAUGUGAUACAGCAUGUGUUGCAUUCCCUCUUAUCGGAAGUAUUCUCAAUGGAUUAUUCUUUGGAACAUAUUAUGCUGUUAUGUGGCCCCAUAUACCAUUAAUUGUUCCGUCUCAUAUGGUUGGAACUGGCUUCGGGUUAACGUUUGCUUGCAUCAAUAUAGAAAUAACAAGUUUCUCAUUUGUUGUAGCUAAUAUGUUGCAAAUUGAAAAUUUUGAAAACUAUCAAUAAAUGAAUAAAUUGAUGCUAUUUUUAUCUAUUGUAGGUUUUCUCCCUUUAUUAUAUUUAUUCUAAUAUCAUCGAAAAUAAUAUCAUAAGAAUAUUUAUGCUGAAAUCGAUGACAAUUCAUCUACAAAUCAAAUCGAAUUAAUUGUAAAAAGUAAACCAACUUGAGUAAAUUUAAUUUUUAUUGGAAAAGUUAACGAAAUCAUUUCCA